AUGUUUACGGAGAUUAAGCCGGAGGUGACUGAUUUCAUUGAACAAAGUCGAAAGAAAAGAAGUGAACGUCGUGAUGCCAAAGCUAAAGCCACUUCUGCUUUGGUCAUCCAAAAAAACUGGCGAAGUUUUGUAGUCAGAAGAAACGUUAUUCGAAGUCUUCGUUCGGAAUUCGACCUAAAUAUCGUCGUCGGAAGUGAUAACAAGUUGGCUCAGUUAAUUCCUGCCACUGAACUUUUGAGGUAUACAAAAUAUCUUAAGUACCAAUAUAACCCGAAACGGGACUAUGAACGUUUGUUAGUUCUUAUUCGAUAUAUAUUGAAUUCUGUGGAAACCGGAGACUUUAAAGUCUCUUAUGUAUCCCUUGCCCUAAGGAAAUACACACUGGUGGAUUGGAUAAAUACAACGAAGUGGCUGUUCUCUACGAUUGUUGGACACUUGGGUUCUUUAGAUCCAUCCAUUCCAAGCGAUUCAAGAAUUAUAAACAUAUUCUUAUCGUUCUUACUGGUUCACACCAAUUGUUGCCAGUGGUCGCUGGUUCAAGAUGAAAAAUUGAAGCCUGCAAUGAGCCGACUAGCCACAACAUUUCUGCAGCAUCUUGUUCAAAAGAGUUUAUUUGAACAUUUGAAUGGUUUGGCUAGACACACUCCUGCAUUAACAAAAGUCUCCUUGACUGGAAUAUUUACCAUCGCCAUGAGACCCUUAAUAUAUGAAACGUUCCCUCAGAAGCUUGUUAUUUUAUUUACGAAAAAUAUCUUAACUGUGCCUGGAUUUAUACUGCAUAUAAAUUCCAUGAUGAAUGAGGCAUAUGAUAUUAUAGUGAGUGAAAGACUGUGUUCCAAAGUCAUUAUGACAUUAUACAGUAGUUCAGAAGAGUUCGAUAGUCUACUAUUUAAGCUAGAUGGGUCAUAUGUUCUAUGUUUAAUUGCAAAUCUCAUCCAACUCAGUCUGUUAGAAACUGAUAUUUUGGCAUCUCAUUGUACAGAAUUUUGUAUUGUUGUAUCCAAAUCUAUGCAUUAUUUGAGUACCUAUGUUGGUAGUAAAAAGUCGAACCAUUGCAGUUGGCAUCCGAUUUUGGGGUGGUUCGCUCAAUCGUUAGACAAUUCUUUACAAUCAGCCAUGUCCUUUGUAACAAGCCAGUUAAGACUACUUUGGAAUGGCCGCAUGGUUCGUCUUUUAUUUGCUGAUUUGUAUGCGCAAGCUGAAUUAAAUUUACCUGACGCAAAUGCAUCAGACAGUGGCUCAUCCAGCACAACUAAAACUUGUACAACUAACCAACACGGACCUGGUAUACCUUCGAAGGCUGAGAAACUUGCUGUGUUAGGCUUAUUGCCGCCUAUCUCACGUAUGGGUGGUAGUAAGUCAGGAAGUUCUGAUGUUGAUGGUUACGGAUAUCGUGUACGCCAUGGUCUUUCAAAUUUUCUACGUCAGAUAUCCAAUUCUUCAUCAUAUCGUGCUAGGUUUCAAAAUAAGAAAGAAAGAACCAAUAAUUACAUUCCAAAUCUUUCUACUGGGCGAUCAGAUGGUCCUGGACCAAGUGAUUUGCCGAAAUCGCUAAAAGCUGUAUGUAUGCUUUAUUGUUUUACUGCUGGAAGUUUAAAGGAAAUUAGAAGCGCUAUUUUGGCAGGUUUAUCAUUAGGUGAUUUACUACCUCGUAUGUGGCGUUUGAUUUCUUGUUGUGGGUCUGUGCGUGAUUGGGCUCAUGUGAUUAUGAAUUCUCAGUCUGUUUACUAUUUAGAACCACACGAAUCUCAUUUAAUGCAAAUAUUUGCUUCAGCUACAAGCAAUUUAUUAAGCAUACUAGAUGAUGCUGAAUUAUUUGAAUUGAAAAAAUCUUUUACAAUCGAUGAAUUAUGUUCAAUGGGUUCAUUUUUUAAUCAUCUAAUUUAUGAAUCAGUUAUUAUGGUACCGGAUCCUAAUCAACUUAAAUUAUGGAGUCCAUCUUGUAAAGAAGAUAAUAAAUUGAGUAAAACCAAUGAAUCUGUUGUGAUUAAUAAUACCAGUAAUAAUAAUAAUAAUAAAUCUACUGUUCAAUCAACUAGUUCAUCUACUGUUAUGCCUAAUUUAUUUACAAUUUGUUUACGUUUAUUAUCUGUAAUCUAUGAACGAGAUAGUAGACAUUUAUUUACACCACCGGAUUUUUGGUUAAUAUCAAACCUUAAAGUCUCAGCAUUUUUAGCAGAUUUACGUAAACCGAAACCACAUGCAACAUUUCUGCUCAAGCAUAUCCCGCAUAUCAUUCCUCACAAAGACCGUGUUAUUCUUUUUCGUGAUUUUGUACGUGAAGAUAAAGCAUCACUAGGGAUACAUACUCGUACAAAUUGGCUAACAGAUGAUGGUCCAGUUGGUGCUGUUAUCACAGUUCAUAGAAAUCGUAUUGUUGAAGACGGUUAUCAACAAUUGGCAAAUUUAACUUCACCUCAGUUACGUAUGAAAAUACGUGUACAGUUUGUAAACGAAAUGGGUUUAGAUGAAGUUGGUAUUGAUUUGGAUGGUGUGUUUAAGGAAUUUUUAGAAGAAACACUUCGUCGCGUAUUUGACCCUAGUUUAAAUUUAUUUCGUGUAACCAAUGACCAGCGUUUAUAUCCAUCACCCACUUCACAUUUACAAGAAAGUCAUUUACAGCUCUUUGAAUUUUUGGGUAAAAUGCUUGCUAAAGCUAUCUAUGAGUGCAUUGUUGUUGAUGUGCCAUUUGCGAAUUUCUUUCUAACUCAAUUACUUGGUCGUGAAAAAGCAGGCUGUUACAGUUUUCUUGAUGAAUUAGCCACAUUAGAUAGAGAAUUGUACAAAAGUUUAAGUUAUAUUAAACAUUAUGAUGGAGAUGUUUCUGACUUGGAGUUCACUUAUUCCUAUGCUGAAGAUUGUUUAGGUCAAAUGAUUAUACAUGAUCUCUGUCCUGGUGGUCGUCAAAUAUCUGUCACAAAUGAUGUCAAAAUCAGUUACGUUCAUAGCGUUGCUCACUUCCGAAUGUAUAAACAAAUUAGAGCCCAAACUGCUUCAUUUAUACGAGGAUUUUAUUCUAUAUUAAAUCCUGAUUGGUUGGCAAUGUUUUCUCCACCAGAAUUACAAACACUCAUCUCAGGCGAUAGUAGUUCAAUGGAUAUUGAUGAUUUAAAACAACAUACACGUUAUUCAGGUGGAUUUCAUAGCAAUCAUCGUGUAAUUCGUUGGUUAUGGGAUAUCUUAAGACGUGACUUCGACGAUAGAGAACGUAGUUUAUUUUUAAAAUUUGUUACCAGUUGUUCUAGACCACCUCUCUUAGGGUUCGCUAAUCUUGAACCACCAUUUUGUAUACGUUGCGUACAUUAUACUAAUGAAGACCAAGAUGUUGGUGAUACUUUAGGAUCAGUACUGAAAGGAUUUUUGGGGGUUGUUGGACGCCGUGAAGAAGUAUCUCGCCUACCAACCGCAUCAACUUGUUUUAAUCUUUUAAAAUUACCUAAUUACUCAUCCCGCAGUGCAUUAAAAGAAAAGUUAAGAUAUGCCAUAAAUAGUCAUGCUGGCUUUGAGCUGUCGUAA